AUGGGACAGGAGGGAUCACGUCGCGUCACUCCGAAGCUGGGGCCCGUGGGCACGGAAGUACUAGUCUCUCGCUCGCCCACGCUCCUCCGCUUCACCAUCCCUCCCCAGCGCUUCUCCCUUGCAACCCUUUUUGGAAUCAUCGUUGUCCUGUUCCUGAUGGCGGGUCUCGCCUACAUCUCAGCCAAAGUAGUAUCCUAUCGAGUUCCCCCCAGCGCCCUUUACUACUUUAUUCCAAUCUGGGUUCCGCUUAUCUGGCUGCUCGUCGCCUUGCUACUGCCACACAUCAUGGUCGAAACAGUGACUGUUGACUCCGCCACGUGUCAGCUGACCAUUCGUCGAACGGUGAACGGGAUGACUCUGCCUUGCUGUGGCCUGUACACGGCAACCACUGAUCGCAUCCAAGGCGCUGGAGUCAACUUCACUGUGGACCAAUACAGUUACGAUUACGAGGGCGAGGGCCAAUACUACUGGUACCGCUCUCGACCAACCACGUUCUGCCAGCUCACCAUGGCGGGCGGCAGGACUCUCUCCUUCGGCUAUCACUUGUCGCUGCCAGAGCAGCGCUGGCUCUCCCUGCACAUCGCAUCCUUCCUUCACGUGCCCUGGUAUUAA